AUGAAUCGUUUUUUAUGUGAUCCACAUGAUUUAAUGCUCAAUAAUAUGACUGCAUUUAAAUUUUCACAAAAAUUAAGUAAUAUAUCAAUUUAUGUCUUACCAAUAUUAGCAUUAGUAGGUAAUUCAUUAACAUUACUUGUUGUUUUUAAUAAUAUUCAAUUAAAUCAUUCAUCAUUUUCCGUAUAUAUCAAAUCAAUGGCUAUAUCAGAUACAUUAGUACUUCUAUUUAAAUUUAUUUCAUAUCAAAAUAAAGAAUCAAAAUAUUAUUUUUCAUCAAUGUGUACAAUAUUAAUAUUUUGUGGUGAAGCAAGUGUACUUUUAUCAAUAUGGACAAUUGUUGCAAUAACAAUUGAACGUACAUUAGUUGUUCUUUUUCCAUUACAUAUUAAAAAAUUUGUUUCAGUAUAUCGUGCACGUGUUUUAACAACAAUUAUAGCAAUGUUAACAAUAAUAGUUUCUGCUCGACUUUUAAUUAUACCAAUUGAUACUUCAGUGAAACAAACUAAACGUUGUCAUCCACAAUUGAAUUGGCAUUCCUAUAGACAACUAAAUAUGACAAUCACACAAUUUGGUUAUAUUUAUAUUCCAUUACCAAUUGUUAUCAUUGGAAAUUUAUUAACAAUUUGUACAGUUAAAAAAGCAGUUAUACAACGACAUGAUUUAUUAACACAUGGAAAUCGUUCCACACAAUCAAAUGAAAAUCAAUUAAUGCUUAUGUUAUUAAUGGUAACAUUAAUGUUUAUUGUUUAUUUUGUUCCAUUUACAUUAACAAAUAUAAUAUCAAGAUGGGGUUUACCAUUUAAUAUAUGUUUUACAAGAAAAUCAUUUGAAAUCUAUAUUAUAUUACGUGCAUUAUGUGAAUUUUUAAAAGAUUUAAAUUUUUGUACAAAUUUUAUUAUUUAUUGCAUAAGUGGUCGUCGAUUUCGACAUGCAUUUUAUUCACUUCACAAAUGUAAUAAUCAACAAUCAAUUAACACUUCACAAUAUUCCGAAACAAAUAAAGAUCGUAGACGAUCGAUAAUAUAUUCAGGUGGUCUUAAAUUACCAACGACAAAUGCUAUCGAUGAAAGUGGAAUUCUUGGAACGCGUCGUGGUUUAGCAAAUAUUCGUUGGUAUGAAUAUACUUUUCUUAUUCUUGGCAUUUUAGCUACACUUGUUACUGUUGGUUUAACUAUCGCUCGUCUUGUCACAAAUCAUUGUUCAAAUUCAGCAGAAGUUGCCUAUGGUAUACUAAUUCUAGUUCAUUCAAUUUUUCUUCUUCUUUUUCUUAUAACUGGUAUAUUCUAUCAACGUAUUACGGAUAUUGUUGCUUUCUUUAUCAGUGCUGUUAUGUUAACUAUAUAUGUUAUUACACAUUAUUUAACUCAAAAAAGUCGACCUGCUAGUAGUUGUAAUACCCAAGAAGAAAUUCGUCUAACUCGACUUAUAUUUACUAUUGUUUUUAAUAUAUGUUUUAUUCCACUAACAUUUUUGGUUAUUAAAGAUUACCGACGAGAUGAAUUUUCUAAACGACUUUUCGGCGCAUUUCCUAUAGCGCGUCGUCCACUUCAACUUUAUGGUGUAUUUGAUUGUAUACUACGUCUUAGUACAAUGCUUUCAAUUUCAACAUUAGUACUUAAUACAUAUAAUUAUACUGAUCAUAAUGCAUUAGAUACUGUUUUACUUUCUAUGGGUAUUCCAAUAGCAUUAUUAUGGUUAGGUUUUGGUAUUGGCAUGGCUCGUUUAGAAAAUCUUAUAUUACUUUUCAUUUUUUAUUUUCUUUCACUUUUUCAAUUGGGCUUUCUAAGUUACAGUCUUUAUACAACUAUAAAAUAUUCAAAAGAAAAAUCACAAAUACCAGCCAGCACAACAACAUCAACAGCAGCAAACGUAGUAGUUGAUUUUGUACCAAUACUUCAUGUACUUUACGUGUGUUUAACAGCUAAUCUUCUUGCUCAUAUAAUAUCAAUGAUACUUGCAUUCUGUUGUACAAGAAAUUUUAAUAAAGGACUUAAAGAACGAGUAUUUAAUAAUAAAUUUGACAAAUGGUUUCAACAACGUUUUCAAAAAUAA